CCGUAAUUUUAUAGUAUAUCGCAUCCAUCUGCGCGCAGGCCUAGAGAAUGGUGGAAUCGAAGAGUGGUGAUCCUUGGUUAGUGUAUCUUCAUGGAAGGCAUCAAACCUUUUGUAAGAUUUCAUCUCCCGGAGUAAUCUCCAAGAGUAUUCCCCAAUUCCGUUACACCACAAUUUUGUAUUCAUCCCCCGACGGAAAAUGGCUAGUUUUGGUCGAGGACGACAACAGAGCGGUCUAUCGUUUUUUCCCAAGAGAAAAGAGGAUCAAGGAAAGAUUCUUUCUGUGGAGUCCUUCCACUGGGGAGUCAAUUACGCUACCCACUCCGAGACCAAGUCGGCAGCGUUGUAUUAUUACUCAAGCCCUACUUCUGAUGUCCUCCGAUUCCACCACCGGCACCACCUCCCCAGAUUUGGUACUUUUGUUUGUCUCUGAUAUGCCUUUGGUCUUGUAUUGUCACGUUGAUUAUGACUGGGAAUGGAGCGAAUUCAACUACGCUCGAUGCAUUGAAUCCCAAACAAGGCCGACGCCUCUUCCGCAAGGUUAUUCCCUCUGCAGUCCUGUCAGCUUCAAUGGUAAAAUCUACGCCACCGCCACUUCUUGCCCUUCCGAUUUGGUGCGGAUUGACAUUGAUGGCAACAGUAAUUGUGAAAUGCAUUUGUUAAUGCCAGAAGAAGAUCGAUCUGCCCACCUCCAAAACCGAUCCUCUGGCUUUACCAGCUCUUCACUAUCAGGUUACUCUACUAGUUACCUGGUGGCAUUAGGAGGGGAUCAAGACCUUUGUCUAAUCUCAAUGCUCCCUUGUUCUUUCAGUAGGUAUCAGGAAUCCCUAUCCAUAUCAAUUUCCACAUUCAAUUUCUCUAUAAAUUCUUGGGAACCGAGGACAGGUUUGAACGGAGGGGCGGUUUUUUUGUGUGAUUCAUACUCCCUUUGUAGCAGCCCACCAGGAGACAACAACGAGUGGAGUUACAUAUACUUCACCUUUGAUCAAACCAUGUUAUGCUACAGGGUCGAGGAUGAGAGAGUAACAUCGCAUUCACUCUGCCCUCCCAUGCUACAAGAAGGAUCAUGGGUCUCCAAGCGUUGGAUUUUGCCUAAUGAUGCCUAUAUUCAUGGUCUUCAUCGCGAAGUACUAAUUAGUGGCAUGGUGGAUAAUUCAGGAUAUCAAAAACGAAAGAUCGUAGCAAAGAGGACUAGUAAGAAGAGGCUGAGGAUAUCCAAGAUGGAGAAUGAUGCAGAAUGUGUUCCAUACUCCUCAUUAUUGUGCGACCUAUCGUCUGAGGUGCUUGGUUUGAUUGCGAACAAACUAUCUUUUGUUGAUUACAUUAAUUUUCGUUGUGUCAAUAAACUUUGCGCCUCCAUGACCGUUCGAAGUAAGACGAACCCCUUCCCUCCCUGCUUGAUUUACAAGGAUAGGUUCAAUGGUGUGUACAAUCUAGUAGAUUCCAACCUUAAACACAAACUCUCCGUCAAAGUUCCCGAGGCACUGAGAGAGUAUAAGAUUCGAUGUUGUAGGGAUGGUUGGCUGCUCCUGGAAUACAAGUUGUUAGAUUACGCUUUCUUUAACCCAUUCACAAUGCAAGUAAUCCCGGCGGGAUGUAAACCAGACACGAAGGACGGGUUUAUAAACUUUACCUUCCUAAGCAAACCAUCUUCUCCUGAUUGUUCUAUCUUGGCAAUGUCUCGAGGGAGAGUUUGGGGAAGGUCGCGCUUUGUUAAACACCUUCCAGAACUAGGAGGAGGAGAAACAAAAUGGUGGACAUUUGUGGUGGGAAAAGGAGGAGCUGAUGAGCCUCCAUUUCUUAGCCAUGGUUGCAAUAGUCCAGUGGUCUCGCGAAAUGCCUGUUACUAUUUGGGGGACAGUGGGAGGCUUGGACUGGGCCGAUUUAUUGAAGAAGAGAAAUCCUUAUUCCGGUGGGAAGUCUUAGAGGACAUUGAAUUUCCUGUAAAAGAUUUUGGAUGUAGCUAUUUAACAGAGUGUGGCGGACGACUUGUAUCCAUCCUUGUGGGUGACAAACAUGGGAAAAGAUCAUGGGUCCGGGUUUUCAAGCUAAAAGAAGAUGAUAUUGAGAGAUGUUGGGAAGAAAUUGAUUCCUUGGAUGGCUAUUGUUUAUAUUUGAGCUACUCAUCAUCAAUGUCUCGUCUUGCAGAAACACCAGAUGUGGCUAACAGAAUCUAUUUCCCAAAGUUCUGCAAAGAUGAGUUGGUUUAUUAUUCUUUGAAUUCUAAGAGAUAUCAUUCCAUGGGGAGUCAACAUGAAUUGCAGAAUUCACAUAAGAUCACAAUGUAUUGGGAUUGUGCUUGGAUUACACCACAUCGGAGCUGAUAAUUUCCGGAUAUAUACCAACGGAUAUAUGUAUGCUCAAGGCCCAGAGCUAAAGAUGAAUACGCUUGUGAUGAGGGGGAAAAAUAGAUGAGGAGUUGUUUAAAACGCAUUGUCAAAGUACAGGAAUGAAGCUUGAGAGGGAAAGAC